AUUUUAUACAUGACGCCAUUGUGUUUACGUAGCUGGCUAGCAAAAUAGCAAGCUGCCAACAGCUGGUAUCUUGCAAACAUAUACUAGAUAAAGUAGUACAGUUGGUAAUUGUCAGCAAAAGCAGAGUGGGUGGUUCUGUUGUGACUGUUUUAUGCCUAGUGUCUGAUCUUUAGCAACCUACUAACCUGGGGGCAAAAUAGAACGAGUCCCAUUUCGAACGCAAACGAGACAGACAGCAGCUGUAGUCGCGUUAGCACGCAACCUCGACAGCAGCUGAUUAGCUAGCUACCUUUAGCAAUUUGUGCAACAUAAAAAAAUGUCGGACCUUGAAACCGGUGAAGAUCCAACUCUGGUGAAAAUGGAGGAGGACGGAGAGGCUAGCACCGAAGAGCAGACGCCGACUGUUGCAGAGGGCGGCCAGGCAGGAGAAUCCGAGGGAUCAAAGAUUGAUGCCAGCAAAAACGAGGAGGAUGAGGGGAAAAUGUUUGUUGGUGGUCUGAGCUGGGACACAACAAAGAAGGAUUUGAAGGAUUACUUCUCCAAGUUUGGGGAGGUGGUAGACUGCACCCUGAAGCUUGACCCCAUGACAGGCCGGUCCCGAGGGUUCGGCUUUGUUCUGUUUAAAGCAGCUAACAGCGUUGAUAAGGUGGUUUUACAGAAGGACCACAAGCUGAAUGGGAAGGUGAUCGACCCUAAGAAGGCCAAGGCCAUGAAGAACAAGGAGCCCAUCAGAAAGGUCUUUGUAGGAGGUCUUUCUCCAGAUACUCCAGAGGAGAAGAUCAGAGAAUAUUUCAGUGCCUUUGGAGAGGUGGAGUCCAUUGAGCUCCCCAUGGAAACCAAAACCAACAAGAGACGAGGCUUCUGCUUCAUCACCUUCAAAGAGGAGGAGAGAGUGAAGAAGAUCAUGGAGAAAAAGUACCAUAAUAUAGGAUUAAGCAAGUGUGAGAUUAAGGUGGCCAUGUCCAAGGAGCAGUACCAGCAGCAGCACUGGGGGGGGGGAGGCAGAGGGGGAUACCCCUCCAGGCCUCCCGGCAGACAGGGACCCAAUCAGAAUUGGAACCAGGGAUAUGGCAACUACUGGAACCAAGGUUACGGCAACAACUACGGCAACUAUGGCUACAACAACCAAGGCUACGGUGGCUAUGAUUACUCUGGUUACAACAACUAUUACGGCGGAUAUGGUGACUACAGCACAGACCAGCAGGGUGGUUAUGGGAAGUCCCCCAGGCGAGGUGGUCACCAAAACAAUUACAAGCCGUAUUGAUGUAACAGAAGUACCACACCCACAGACAGGUAUGUUUUAUAAGUCACCUACAACAAACCUAGAUAAUGUGCAAUCUACCUACCUCUGUAUAAUAAUAAUAAUAAACCCUCAUAAUGUUUUUCUCUUUAUAGUUUUUCACAGCACCUGAAAAGUGCUUUACAGUAGUCUUAACAUAGAGGCUACAGUCUUUUUUUGGUGAAUUAUUUCUGCUGCCUCUUAUGAGCCAUUUUGUAACUGUAAAGUUAACAGGUAUAGUACUACUAUUACUACAGUAAAAUGGAUACCAAGAGUUAAGGAUUUACAAGGGAAAAGAGAGUGAAAGAGAGAAAAUAAUAAUGUUGUCUCCUAACUCUGACAUAUACCUUGUUUGUACCUGCCAGCGGAGCUUCCUUGCAGGCCAUGAGCUGACCUCCCCGGUACUCUCUGGCCCGCUCAAUGCGGACCGGGUACGAGAGGCGUACGCUCUCGAAUGCUGCCAUUUGGUAUGGUCUUCCAACAUCCUGUCUCAGCAUUGUAAAUAAAAACUAAGUGGGACAUGUCCGGCUUUGUCCACUUUUUUUUAUUUUCAUUUGUUUAAUUUCUGUAAUGUGUUUUUUUGUAAUGUAAAACUUAAAUACAAAUUAUGUAAUUUUAAUGCCAUUUUUUACAGGCCCUUACUCCCCCGUCAAGUAAUGGUAAAUUACAACAUGAUACUGAGAAAAUAACUAUUUACUUUUCAAAGGACACGGCUUUCUCUGGACUUUCCAGUGUCUUUUUCAUUCCUAAUCAUACCUGUAAUUCUUGCUUUUCUUUAUUUAGCUCUUGUAGCAGUAAUAGCCAGUAGUCCAUGAGCUAAAACCUGGUUUGUACUUGGAUGCUACUGCGUUGGAGAAGUGCGUUAUUUUUGUACUUGUAUUGUUUGCUUGUGUUACUGACAGCGGUGGGAAAACUUCUCCUUUAAACGUUAAUUUUCCUCUAACAAAAUUCUCUUUUUAACCUUUUGAGAAAGUAUCAAAGUAUCUCUACGUUUCCUGGAAAUUUGCAUGUAAUGCUUUCUUUAAUGUGUCUCUUUUUGACCAAUUGAAGGCUUUACUCAUUGGUUUUGUAUUUGGGCUUUGAACUCUUUAAUUUGUCACACUUCAGGAUUUCUAGCUUAUGGACUAACUUGUUUUUAAUUCUUAAUUGUAAGACAUAUUUUUAUCUAUUGUAUUGUGUUUUCUUAAUGGAAAUGGUAAAGACGGGAUUCCUUUGACAUUUAGUUGUAGCCCUACUAGUAGUAACCUUCAUCGUUAACAGUUUGACUUGUUUUGUCUUUUUCAGGAUGGAAGAAUGAAGGAUAUCUUGUGAAGGAGCGUUGGCAGACGAAGUGACAGGUUUCAGUCAAGAGUUUCCUUUAUUAUGGACGGCUUGAGACAGGACACAGUCAGAGUAUUCAGUUGAUCUACGCACAUUGAAUUUAUGUUCAGUGUUGUAUUUUGUUGUUUCUUCUUGCAAAGCUUUUAAAAGUUUCCUAUUCGUCUUGUAUUGAGUUACACUGUGUGAAAGGAAUAUAUGCAGAAUUAUAUUUAAGAGUUGAUUGUUCACUUACGCUCAGUGUUAUCCCUUUUGUUAAAUGUGUGUAAUAUUCUAUGUAAAUUGCUUUUUGUUAAGGCAUAAAUUACCAUUAUUGAAACCCAAAUAGGACUAGGAUACUUAAUUGUCCCUGAGGUGGAAAUUUGUCUUCGAUAAAUAAAAUUGGAUUGGUCAGGGCCAGAAAAUAAAUGAUUUAUAUUGCGGUCAAAAGCAAAUGCAAAUGGGCCCUUAAAUAAAUCUACAUCCUUUAUCGUAGUUAUCACAAGUAAACAUUUUGUUAAUAUAUAUUUGACAUGGUACACAGAAAUAUAGAACAUUCAGAAAUCAUCAAAACAUUUAAAUAAAAAAACGUAUCUGAAAUUGAAA